UGAUGUUACGUUGAUUGUAAUUGAAUAAAUAAUUUGAAAGCACUUAUCAAACUGGUUUAACAGCACUGGAAAUUCUGUAUAUAUAGAAGAGAAUCAGCUGAAGUGUAGAAACAUUGCUGCUGAAAUUGUUCCCCAGAUAACAUGGCUGAGCAGGAGCAAGAAGAACAUCUAAUCGCUGACGAGGAUGAAGUGGACAAGGCAUUGAAUUACAAAGCACCGGUGCAGAAGUCUCUGGCCGAGAUUGUUCAACUCGAUCAGCACGAUGAGAGUCUGACCAAGUACAAGAAGACUCUGUUGGGAGAGCAGAUCCCCCAGGUUGCAGAUCCCAAUGCACCCAAUGUGACUGUGACUCAAAUAACUCUUGUCUGUGAGGAGGCCCCGAAACCAAUCAUCAUAGAUCUCACUGGUGAUCUCCAGGCCCUGAAGAAAAGUAAGGUUGUGCUGAAGCAGGGUGUGUCCUACAAAAUGAAGAUUAAUUUUAAAGUAAAUAAAGAAAUUGUUUCAGGAUUGAAGUACGAGGUACUCAGCUACAGGAAGGGGAUAAAAGUGGAAAAGGUGGUCGUCAUGAUGGGCAGCUAUGGCCCCCGCGCUGAGGAGUACGAGUUUGUGUCUCCGAAGGAGGACGUGCCCAAGGGGAUCUCCUCCUGUGGCACCUACGUCGUGAAAGCCCUCUUCACCGACGAUGACAAGACUAACCACCUGAGCUGCAAGUGGUUCCUCUGUCUCAGGAAGGAUUGGGAUGAGGAUCCUGGCACAGAAUGAGUUCGAGUGAGUGCAGCUGGAGCCCACAUUGAGCCUCCCGAUGUAUCCAUUGGUGAUCAGGAACUCCUUCUUGAACAGUUCUACGGCCGGAUCACACACGCUGUACCCUCUGAUGCAUUGUCCUUGUCAAGGUCAACGUUGCAGCUCCACUGAACAUUGCACAGUCCGUGCUGGGAGGGGGGUGGGUGGGUGGGGUUAACGCACAGAUUUGCUCAUUCUGCUGGGUCUCAGCAAAUUCUCCCUUCAUGAUCAGGACUCACACCAACACCUCGCAGUGGGGCAGGAGGAUCUGUGGUGGGGUUCUGUCUCCAGGUCCUCUCUCUCCCUCCUCUCUCAUUCCUUCUCUCUCUCUCUCUCAUCUGUUCUUUCUCUCUCUCAUGUUUUCUCUCUCUCUCUCAUCUCUCUCUCUUUCUCAUCUGUUUUCUCUCUCUCGCUGCCACCCACCUACAUUCUUUCACUGCAUCUUCCCUGGUCUCAUUCUUUAUUCCUCCUCUUUCUCAUCGUCAUAGUGUCAGAGAGCAGGGAAACAGGCCCUUCAGCCCAUUAGUCCAUGCCGACCUAUUUACAUCAAUCCUGCAUCAAUCCCAUUUUAUUCCCAUCAUCCCCAUCAACUCCCCACUGGUUCUACCACUCACCUACACAUCAGGGGCCAAUUAAUCUAUCAGACCUCACGUUCUUAGGAUGUGGGAGGAAACCGGAGCACCUGGAGGAAACCCACACGGUCACAGGGAGAACGUGCAAACUCCACACAGACAGCGCCUGAGGUCAGGAUUGAACCUGGAUCUCCGGCACCAUGAGGCAGCGGUUAUCCCUGCUGCGCCACUGAUCCCUCUCUCCCUUCUCUCCCUUCUCUCCCUCUUGAGUGUCACUGCCCCCCUCUCUUUCUCCACCUCUCUGCUGGCUCUCCUCCUCCUCCCUGCCUGUUGUGUCGACUUCAUUCUCUCUCUGGUUCCCUCUACCCUGUAAAGUGAUCUCCACUCAUAGUCAAGCCUCUGAUGACGUGGUUGGCCUUCUAUUGUGCAACAGAAAUAGACAGUAAACUACGACAAUUCCAUGCUACUUCCAGACUCACCGUACGCACAGUACGUGCCUUGCCUAAUGCUAGCCUGAUGCAUUGUAAGUUACAAACUGCUCACAAUGAUCCUGUUCCUAUGGCUUUGCCUUCUAUUAUCUGAUGAAAUGUUUUCCAAUAAAUUAGAUAACUCCCA